AUGCCGAAUUGUGACGCUUCUUUUUCAUAUUUAGGCAAUUUUAUUGAACAAAAUUCCAAGGUUAAUAUAUCAGGAUAUAGUAAUAUUUCAAUUAACUUUUCUCCUAUUCGAAAAGGCAAUCCAUAUUUUGAAGUUAAAGGAUACUCAGGCACAAAAACAUUUACAUUUGGCUUCCAGAUUAACAAUUACCAGAUUUUAUUAUUUCCUCUAGAUAAGCUAAAAUAUUAUAUCUACGAUGCUAUGUGGCAAUUUACUGGAGAAUCUCCUGAAAAGAUUGCUAAUAAUAAUUAUUGCCUUCCAUUAAAACAUUCAUUUCUUUGUAAUGAAACAAUAGGCAUUGGGCUCUGCAUCGAAAAUAAGACAUUCGUUGUUGUUCAUAAUGAUACAUACGAGGCAUUUCCUAUUAAUUUCCCUGACAAUAGUUUGAUUGUUCCAAUUGUAAGAGAAAUCCAAAUUAAUAAUGCUUGGGAUAUUAUUUCUUUCAACUUCGGAACAAAAUUUCUUUUCGAAUAUAAUUUCCCUGGUUUCAGUCCAUUCUGUUUAGCAGAGCAUCUCUGCAAAAUAUCAUGCAAAUUUUCACAACAAGAUUACUUUAAUAUUGCAUUUUUAGCUGUAAUAAUUUUUAUAUUUUAA